AUGGACCUCGGGGAUGAAGGCAGCUCUCCAUGGGGUGAUGUACCGUCAGCGUCCCGCUCAAACUCCAGCCAGAACAUACCGAAAGUCAAGGACAACAUUGAGUCUUCUACUGUCCCAGAGGAAGACCAGUCUAAAUCCGACACUCUAGCAGCCUCCUCUCCCGCACCACGAACCGGCGGCGCCAGAGGCUCUCGUAUCAAGCGCUAUGGCGGCCAAUCCACCAAACUCGAAGCUGUAGACGAUCCUCUAGGCCCCCUAGGAGCCUCAUCAGACAUACUUGGUAAUUCGACACUUCAAGAUGAGCCUCCUGCUCCGCCUCGCAAAGAGCAGCUCGCGCCGGUGCGGACACAGCGACAACCUACCUCGCCGUCUGCAUCGCAGCCGUCUCUGGCGGGCAUGAUGGACUCUGUGAAUUUGGAAGAUGAUGAGGAUGACCCAUACUCGCAACAUCAGGGACCGCGAGUGCCGCCGCCUGUCCAGCCUGCUAGCAAUGACCAGCGCAACAGACAGAGCCAGCCGAGCGUGAGCGUGGAACAGGCUGCGAAGCCGAGUUUUCAUAUCAGUGUUGGAGACCCGCAUAAGGUCGGCGAUCUUACAAGCUCUCACACGGAGUAUCAGGUUCGCACGCAGACUACGUCGAAAGCAUACCGCCAAUCCGAGUUCUCUGUGUCACGCCGUUAUCGAGAUUUCCUUUGGCUUUACAAUCAAUUACACAAUAAUAGCCCGGGUGUGAUAAUACCUCCUCCACCGGAGAAGCAAGCAGUUGGUCGCUUUGACACAGACUUUGUGGAGUCUCGCAGAGCGGCGUUGGAACGUAUGCUCAACAAGACCGCCCAGCAUCCUAUGCUCCAACAUGACUCCGACCUGAAGCUGUUCCUCGAAAGUGACGCCUUCAACGUUGAUAUCAAGAAUCGUGAGCGCAAGGAGCCUCUGCCUACGGAGAGCAAAGGAAUGUUUGGCUCCAUUGGGCUAGGCUCCAGCUCCGGUAAAUUCAUCGAGCACGACGACUGGUUCGACCAUCGCCGCAUCUAUCUCGACGCCCUUGAGACACAGCUCAAAGCACUUCUGAAAGCCACCGAUACCGUCGUCGCCCAGCGCAAGGGUCUCGCAGAGGCUUGCGGAGACUUUUCCGCCAGCUUACACUCCCUCGCCUCCGUGGAGCUCUCGCCCUCGCUCUCGGGUCCGCUCGACGGUCUAUCUGAUAUCCAGCUGCGAAUCCGCGAACUGUACGACCGACAAGCACAACAAGACGUCCUUACCCUCGGCAUCGUCAUCGACGAAUAUAUUCGACUCAUUGGUUCCGUGAAGCAAGCAUUCGUACAGCGCCAGAAGAGCUUUCACGCCUGGCACUCUGCGAAUUCCGAGCUCGAAAAGCGCAAGACGACACAAGAGAAACUGCUUCGCCAAGGCCGCAGCCAGCAAGACCGCAUCUCGCAGCUGCAGGCAGACGUCAUGGAUGCAGAGCGUCGCGUGCACCAGGCACAUCUGCUAUUCGAGGACAUGGGCCGCUUGAUGCGCGCCGAGCUCGAGAAGUUUGAGCGCGAGAAAGUCGAGGACUUUAAGAGUGGCGUGGAGACGUAUCUGGAGAGUGCUGUAGAGGCGCAGAAGGAGCUCAUCGAAAUCUGGGAAACAUACCUCAUGCAACUCGACGCCGAAGAAGACGGCGCCCCCUUUGGCCAUCCUGCCCCACCAGCCGGCAUCGUCGCUUCGCCCUCGCCCGCAGACCAUGAUACGAAACAAGGUGGUGUUGUUGCUGGUGGACCCGAACAACAAGAACAAGAACAAGAACAAGAAGAAGAAGAAAGGGUGGAAGAAAGUGACAGGCUGGCGAGGAUGGGGGAAAGUGGUGCUGUGAGCGAUUAA